AUGAAACUUAUUUAUACGGAUCCUUAUUCAUAUAAGUUAUUAGUUCGUUGUUAUUUUUCUAGGAAAAAUAGUUCUUUUACUGGAAAAACUUAUUAUAUUACGACGCCUAUUUUCUAUGUUAAUUCAGAUCCUCAUAUAGGCCAUUUGUAUAAUUGGGUUUUUGCUGAUGUAAUUCAAAGAUAUCUACGACUUAAAGAUCAAUCUGUUAUUUUAAGAAUUGGAACUGAUGAGCACGGUAUUAAAGUAGAGAAGGCGGCUUUAAAAUCAGGUUUAAGUCCUUCAUUAUUUUGUGAGAAAAUGUCGGAGCGUUUUAAAUAUUUGGCUAAAUUAGCAAAUAUUGAUCAUAAAGAUUUUAGUCGUACAACUAAUCCUAAACAUUGUCAAUCUGUCCAAUGUUUUUGGAAAGUUUUGAGGGAUAAAGGAUAUAUUUAUGAAAAUAAACAUGAAGGAUGGUAUGCUGCACGUGAUGAAACCUUUUACCCAUCUAAAGCUGUUAAAAAAAUACGGAAUUCAGAUGGUGCUAUGUCGACUAUUUCUAUUGAGACGGGUGCCAAUGUUGAAUGGAUUUCUGAAAAUAAUUAUCAUUUCCGACUAUCUAAAUUUAAAAAUCAGUUAUUGGAUCAUUACAGAAAAAAUCCUUGUUUUGUUAUUCCCAGAUCCGAGCAAAAUAAUUUAUAUCAUAUGAUCGAGCAAGGAUUAAAUGAUAUUAGUAUAUCUAGACCAAGCUCUCGCUAUUCAUGGGGUAUUCGAGUACCUGAUGAUGAGUCUCAAACAAUAUAUGUCUGGUUUGACGCUUUAUUAAGCUAUAUAACGAAUGCGGGAUAUCCAUGGAGUAAUUCGAUGCUUGGUGAAUGGCCCGCUAAUGUUCAUUUGAUUGGUAAAGAUAUUCUUCGAUUUCAUUGUAUAUUAUGGCCAGCACUUUUACUUGCAGCGGAUUUACCCCUUCCUUAUCAAAUAGUUUCACAUUCGCAUUGGACAAUGAAUAAUAUUAAAAUGUCUAAAUCACUUGGAAAUAUUGUUGAUCCUUUUUUUAAAAUUCAAACAUUUGGAAUUGAUCCUGUAAGGUAUUUUCUUAUAAAAGAGGGAAGAUUGGAUAGUGAUAAAAAUUAUGAUUUAUCUGAUUUUAUAAGAAAUUAUAAUGUAGAUCUUAGAGGGAAGUUGGGAAAUCUUCUAUUAAGGGUCUAUUCCUCUCAUUUUGACUUAAAACGUGCUUUACUUUGUUCAAAAGAAUAUGUAGAUAAAAAUACUUUAUUUCAAGAAUUCGAUGCAAAUAUUAAUACAAUUGCAGAAAAAGUUGAUGAUCAUAUGUCUAAAUUUCAGUUGCAUGCUGCCUUACAGUCUAUCUUUCAUUUCAUUACCUCCAUCAAUAAAUUUUUCCAAGAUUUCGAACCAUGGAAAUAUUAUAAUCAGCCUGAUAAUGUUGAUCCAGUUAUUUAUAGAACAUUAGAAGCGAUAAGAUUAUCUGCAAUUCUUUUAAAACCUUUUAUUCCUGAAAAAGCAUCUGAAAUAUUAGAUCAAUUAGAUGUUCAUCCAUCUCGGAGAAGUUUUAAAUUUUGUAAAUUGGGUUUAGACAAGACAUACUUACAAAUUCAAUCUAAAAGAAAUAUGCUUUUGUUUCCAAAAUUACCUUCAAUGUAUUCAGAAAAAUAA